AUGAAUAGUAUACGAUUCUCUCGAUGGUUUAAGGGUCCUCCCAUACUCAUGUCUCCUCAAAGAGUGCAACCCCAGAGGAUAUUCAAACGGUUUUCAUCUACAGAUGGUGCUUCAGACGGUGAAAGCAGAAUACGAACCCUUUUGAACGAGAAGUUAUGCCCAAGUUCUCUUCGUGUGAUUGAUGUGUCUGGAGGGUGUGGAAGCAUGUACCAGAUAGUGAUUAAAAGUAAACUGUUUCAGGGAAAAAAUACACUAGCGCAACACCGCUUGGUUAACUCCAUUUUGAAGGAAGAAAUCAAAGGGAUGCACGGAUUGAAUCUUCUAACGGAGGUGGAUAAAGAAAGCUCCAAGGAUUCAGCUAUGUCUGAAGAGCAUUAG